AUGAGUCACCAGACCGCGAGGGGACAGACCGCCGUCCUCGCGACGGCGCGCGUGAAUGUCGUGGAUCGAUCGGGAGAGUUCCAUUCGGCUCGCGCUCUCAUCGACCAAGGGGCCGAGGGGUCCAUCAUCUCCGAGGCGUUGGUGCAAAAGCUUCGACUCCCUCGACAGCGUACAUCCAUCGCAGUAUUUGACGUUGGAGGACAGCAGACAGCGGUCGCGCGCGGACAAGUAUCGCUGUCGAUUUCUUCGCUCAACAAGCAACACAGUGUGAAGGUCUCAGCAAUUGUUAUGCCACGUCUUACACUCUACGCGGGCGUGUCAAGCACUUUAGUUAGAGACUGGCCGCAUCUUCGAGGACUCGAAUUGGCCGACCAGGAGUUUUGCGCAUCGGAUAGCAUCAACAUCCUCUUAGGUGCUGAUGUUCUCGCGGAAAUAAUUGGUCCCGGUAUCAGGAAGGGAGGACCUCACGAACCUAUAGCUCAGCAGACAGACCUAGGAUGGAUCGUGUCAGGAACGGUGGCCGGCGAGGUGUCGUCUCAUUUGUCAGUUCGGAUGCAUCAAUGCACUUUGAGCGAUCCACUGUCGACCAUAAUGCGAAAAUUUUGGGAACAAGAGGAGAUAAACGUGACUUCGACACCAUUGAGCUCGGAAGAACAGCAGUGUGAAGAACUGUUCACUCACACACACACACACACACACACACGUGCCUUAGACGGGAGGUAUACGGUUCGCUUACCUGUCAAAGCGCCAUUACCAAACUUGUCUGCGACAAGAGAGGCGGCAGUUCGCAUGUUGCAACGCAUGGAGAAUCGUUUUGAAAAGGAUUCUUCAUUUCAUGGGUUGUACACGAGCUUCAUGCAGCAAUAUGAAGAAUUGCAACACAUGACUCGCAUGGGUCACACAGACAACAUGCAAAAAGUAUGUUAUCUACCACAUCAUGGAGUGCUGAAGGAGUCAAGCGCCACGACGAAACUACGAGUGGUCUUCAACGGCUCAUACACCACAGGGAACGGAAGGUCCUUGAAUGCUCACUUGCUGGUGGGCCCCAAUCUGUUGCCGCAGCUUGCCGAUGUGUUGCUUCGGUGGCGCUGGCAUAAAUACGUCUUCGUGGCCGACAUCGAAAAGAUGUAUCGGCAAAUCCUGGUGCACCCUGACGACCGGGAUCUCCAGCGAGUGUUGUGGAGGCCUGAGAGAAACGCAGCGAUUGAAGAGUACCAGUUGAACACAGUCACGUAUGGAUUGGCGUGUGCGCCCUAUCUAGCCAUGCGUGCCUUGCGUCAACUCGCCGAGGAUGAGGCUCUUCAGUUUCCCAGAGGCGCCGCUACAUUGAAGCAGGACGUGUACGUCGACGACAUUCUGUCUGGAGCACCAACUACGACAGAUGCUUUAGAGAUCUAG